UAUAGUUGAAUAAUAUUUUAUCUUAAUUUAUUUGUUGUAUUUGAGUUAAAAUGACCAAUAUUAGUAUUAAAUGUCAGAAAUGUCGAUUUGAAUUAGCAUCAAGUGAGAGUUCAUCUAUACUUGAUUGUCAUGAAAAGCAAAUUCAAAAUACAGCUAGAGUUACAUACAGUUGUAAUGAUAAUGUAAUGGAGAACAAUUGGUACUUAUCAUCUACUAAUUUGCCUGAAUGGAUAAAUUCAUCAAUUGAAGAAGAAGAUUGGCAAAAAGGAAAACUGAGUUGUCCAAAUUGCAAUUUGAGAGUUGGUUCUUUUGACUUUGUUGGUGGAAUGAAAUGCCCUUGUAAAAAAUAUGUAUUACCUCAAAUCCAUUUAGUUAAAAGUAAAGUGGAUAUUUACUUUCGAUAAAAAUUAUGUAUUAAUUAUAUUUUCUACUAUGUAAGAUAAAUGAUAAUGUAUGUUAAUACUUAAAAAAUAUAAUCAUAUUCCAAAAUACUAC